AUGGCCGCCGCACAAUCCUCAACCACUGAGUUCCCCUGCACCCUCACAAUCUCCCUCCCUCUCCCUAGCAACCGACUCGCCUCCUCCGCUCUACGCACUCUCGAAGUCGAUGCCGAACUCUCCCCACACGUCAGACGGACUUUCGCGUUGAAGAGUCCCAACUCCGAAGACCAGGGCAAGGAUGGUGAUGAGGCGAAGACUGUGCUUGAAACCACCUACAAGGCUACUACGAACCGUAUGCUGAGAGUCGCCGUCAACGGGUUCAUGGAGAGUCUCGGUGUGGUUCUUGGGGUUAUGGAGGAGUUGGAUGUGGAUGUUCUAAAGGAAAGCAAUGAAUAA